AUGAGUCUCAUCCUUGUGCUGUGUGUCAUCCUUUUGAGAGGUUUUGAAGCUGAGGCAUUAGCUUAUGAUUAUUCUGCAAGUGUUGCAUGCCUUGAGCAACCAUUGAAGCCUCAAUACAAUGGAGGAAUCAUCCAAAACCCAGAACUGAAUAAUGGACUUCAAGGUUGGACUUCAUUUGGGGGUGCAAAAAUAGAACACAGAGAAUCAUCAGGCAACAAAUAUGUGGUAGCACAUAGCAGAAAACAAACAUCUGAUAGUGUCUUUCAGAAGGGACAUGUCCCUGUAACAGCAGUUGUUAAAACAAAGACAAAAUACAAAUUUCCUGCUGCCAUUGUUGCUCAGGAUAGUUGUUGGUCUAUGCUUAAGGGUGGUUUCACGGCAGAUGAAUCAGGAUCAGCUGAGCUCUAUUUUGAGAGCAAUACUACUUCUGUCGAGAUAUGGAUAGAUAGUGUUUCCUUGCAACCAUUCACAGAUGAAGAAUGGAAGUCUCAUCAAGAUCAAAGCAUUGAGAAGGUUCGCAAGAGGGAGGUUUCAGUUCAAGCAGUAGAUGAACAAGGAAAACCUUUACCAAAUGCAAACAUAACCUUUGUAUUGAAGAAAUCUAGUUUUCCAUUCGGGAGUUCCAUGAACAAGUACAUCCUAAACAAUGUACUAUAUCAGAACUGGUUCACUUCUAGAUUCACAGUCACCACAUUUGAAAAUGAAAUGAAGUGGUACAGCACUGAAAAUGUGCAAGGCAAGGAAAACUACAUGGAAGCUGAUGCUAUGUUACAAUUUGCUAAGAAACACAACAUUGAUGUCCGAGGCCACAACAUACUUUGGGAUGAUCCUCGGUACCAACCCAGUUGGGUUUCUUCACUCUCUCCAAACCAACUCAACUCUGCAGUGGAAAGAAGGGUGGAAUCUGUUGUGUCAAGAUACAAGGGCAACCUUAUUGCUUGGGAUGGUGUUAAUGAGAAUUUACACUUUUCAUUCUUCGAAAGUAAACUCGGACAAAACUUUUCAGGCAAAAUUUUCAAUAAGGCUCAUAAUAUUGAUGGACAAAGUACUUUGUUCCUGAAUGAGUACAACACUAUUGAGGACAGUAGAGAUGGUGUAGCAAACCCAGCAAGGUACAUUCGGAAGAUCAAACAAAUUCAAAGUUAUCCUGGAAAUAGUAGAGUUCCAUUUGGAAUUGGACUCGAGUCUCACUUCUCUGCUUCUGGUAUUAACAUUCCUUACAUGAGAUCUUCUUUAGAUUACCUUGCUGCCAGUGGUUUGCCAGUUUGGAUUACAGAAUUAGAUGUUGCAAAUCAACCUAGACAGUCAGAAUACUUGGAACGUGCUCUUAGAGAGGCACAUAGUCACCCUAAGGUUAAGGGUAUUGUGAUGUGGACAGCAUGGUCACCACAGGGUUGCUACCAGAUUUGCUUAGUAGAUAACAAUUUCAAGAACUUGCCUGCGGGAAAUGUUGUGGACAAACUCCUUUCUGAAUGGCGAUUAAACAAAGUAUCAGGGACAACAAAUCAAAAUGGUUUCCUUGAGGUCACUCUUUCACAUGGUGACUAUGAAAUGGUGAUUAAUCACCCUACUAAGAAGAAUUACUCCUUCACACAACUCCUACAAGUGACUCCAACAAAUGAAUCACAAGAAACAAAACAACUUGUAAAGCUUUCCGUAAAUCUUCAAUUCGUUCACCAAUUUCCUGAGAGGAAAGAGGGGCCUUUGCCUUUGGGAGAGGAAGAGAAGGGCAUUUCUGCCACCGUGUCCGUGAGUGUUGCGAGUGUGGAGGAGUUUCGAGAAACCAAGGCCAGCCCCAGCAAAGGCAACCACUUUAACCUCAGUAAGUGUCUUCAACCUGAUGGAUCCCUUGAGCAUCCAAACAGAGCUCUCUCUUCCAUUAUUGUUUCCACUGCCAUGGUUAUUACUUCAAAUUUCAAUCCCAUUUCAAAAAGAGAUGGUUUUGUCAAUGUCAAUGGUAGAUCUGAAGACUUAAAAGGGAGUGAUGUUCAAUGGCUCUCAUCAUGGGAAACCAAAACAGUUGAAAUUGGAAGUCCUCGCUUGCAACUUCAACUGUGUGGUUGGUUGGUCCCUAACAUGGAGCGAUCCUAUGUUUUUGUUUUUCUCUCUGUCUCCGUGCUUUGUCUCUUCCUGUCCCAACCAGCCAGAACAGAAGACGAUUCCCAACCACUUCUAGCUCUCAAAUCCUCCAUUGACGUUCUCCACAAGCUCCCAUGGCGACAAGGAACCGACGUGUGCACGUGGGAAGGAGUCAGAGACUGCUUCAACGGAAGAGUCAGAAAGCUCGUUCUCGAACACUCCAACCUAACCGGUUCUCUCGAUUCCAAGAUCUUGAACCGUUUGGACCAGCUCCGAGUCCUCAGCUUCAAAGGAAACUCACUCUCCGGCCAAAUCCCUGAACUCUCGGCCUUGAUCAACCUCAAAUCGAUUUUCCUCAACGAAAACAACUUCUCCGGCGAGUUCCCCUCCUCGGUCACGCUUCUCCACCGCGUCAAGGUCAUUGUCCUGUCCCAAAAUCAUAUCUCCGGCGGCAUUCCGGCAUCUCUCCUGAAUCUCCGGCGACUCUACAUCCUCUAUCUAGAAGACAACGCUUUCACGGGAAGCAUCCCGGGUUUCAACCAAACAAGCCUCAGGUAUUUGAACGUCUCCAACAACCGACUCUCGGGCGAGAUUCCGGUGACCUCCGCAUUGAUCCGGUUCAAUGCGUCGUCGUUUUCAGGCAACCCGGGGCUCUGCGGGGAGAACAUCCACCGACCGUGCAAAAACGGCAGCUUUUCUUUGCCGCCGUCAAUAAGCCCUAGCUAUCCGCUGAUUCCGGGAGGGACGGCGACGACGUGGACGUCCACUUCGUCUAACCGCUCGAAACUGAUAAAAAUUAUUGGAGGGAGCGUUGGUGGCGUUGUUUUGAUUCUGUUGUGCAUGGUUGUGGUGUGUGCGAUUUGCAAGAAGCGGAAGACGAGGGUAGGUUCCGGAACGAGGAGCAAGGGCGGCGGCGACGUGGCAGAAGGGGAGGUUGGUGCGGCGGGGAGUGCGGGAGGUGGCGGCGGAGAGGGUGGAGAUAGCAAUAAACAAGGGGGUUUUGCGUGGGAAGGUGAGGGUCUAGGGAAGCUGGUGUUCUGCGGAGGAGGGGAUCGCGAGAUGAGUUAUAGUUUGGAGGAUUUGCUGAAGGCUUCGGCGGAGACUCUGGGUAGGGGUAUUAUGGGAAGUACGUACAAAGCAGUGAUGGAAUCAGGGUUCAUUGUUACUGUGAAGAGGUUGAAGGAUGCCAGGUACCCUGGCUUGGAAGAGUUCAGGGCUCACAUUGAGGUCCUUGGGAGGCUCACCCACCCUAACUUGGUCCCACUCAGGGCUUACUUUCAGGCUAAGGAGGAACGUCUUCUUGUUUAUGAUUACUUCCCCAAUGGCAGCCUUUUCUCCCUUAUUCAUGGAUCAAAAACAUCUGGCGGGGGAAAGCCUCUUCACUGGACAUCCUGCCUUAAAAUUGCUGAAGAUCUAGCAACGGGCCUGCUCUAUAUCCACCAGAACCCCGGCAUGACACAUGGAAACCUAAAAUCUUCUAAUGUGUUGCUUGGUUCUGAUUUUGAGUCAUGUCUUACUGAUUAUGGUCUCACUGUGUUCCUAAAUCCUGACUCAAUGGAUGAACCUAGUGCUACUUCUUUAUUCUAUAGAGCACCUGAAUGCCGCCAUUUUCAAAGGUCACAAACCCAACCAGCUGAUGUAUACAGCUUCGGGGUCCUUGUUCUAGAGCUUCUAACUGGCAAAACACCCUUCCAAGACCUUGUUCAGACAUAUGGUUCAGACAUACCUAGGUGGGUCCGGUCAGUGCGCGAAGAAGAGACAGAGUCCGGGGAUGAUCCUGCCUCAGGCAAUGAAGCAUCAGAAGAGAAGCUUCAAGCUCUUUUGAACAUUGCCAUGACAUGUGUUUCACUGGUGCCAGAGAACAGGCCUACAAUGAGAGAGGUUUUAAAGAUGAUAAGAGAUGCAAGAGGGGAGGCUCAUGUCUCAUCUAACAGUAGUGAUCACUCCCCUGGUAGAUGGUCAGAUACUGUUCAAAGCUUUCCAAGGGAAGAACACCAGAGCAUAUGA